GUCAGUCUGGUCGCCAUCAUGAUAAGGUCGCCGAAGUGAGGAAGUUGGGACGCAAGAGUCCGUGAGCAGUAUAUAUCACAGUAGAACAAAAUACUACCAUACAGAAAUGUCAGAUAGUUACAGGGAUCAGCUGCUGCUAGAUGCCUUGUUCCUGAAGCAAGAACAUCAUUUAAGUACUGAUCUACUUGAUAAGCUGGUUCUGCAGCUUAACAGGAUCUACCCUCAAAUUUUAACAGACAAGGAAGCACACAAGUUCCGUAGCUUAAAGUUUGCAACCAAUAAAAGGCUGGCAGAGUUGCUAGAUUUCUUGCCAAACAAAGGAGAAGAAGCCUGUCACGAAUUCUACCGUGCUUUGCAGAUCCAUGCAGAACACAUUUACCUCAACCUGCCUAGCAGAAGAACCAGGAGAGAUGCUGCUGAUAGCAAAGAAGUUAAAAUGUCAUCAAGCUUUGAGGAGAAAUGUGUGCUCAAUGAGAGAGGUCCAGUGUUCUACAUCACUUGCUUCAGUCUGGUUGCUGGACUGGCUUUUCUUUAUUACUGCAAUGAAGAGAACAAAACACUGGGAGAUGCAAAGCAGAUAUUAGCUUUUUCAGCUUUAGGCUUUGGCAGACGUGCAAAGGACCUCUUAAUAUCGUAUGCAGAGGACCAGUUUAAACAGAAAUAGCAGCACUCAUGCCUCGUCUUUCAUGAUUCACGUCUACUGAAAAUGACAUGCUGACAAAAUACAAAUCCAAGAUGUCACCAAAACCAAAUUCAAACUGGUCCUGAAAAGGCAGCAAUAAAAAACAAAGGAUCACUUUUAAGUGUACUUAUAUAUUUAUAUAUUGUAGCAUGUAAAUAGAACUAAUAGUUUUAUGUCACGUUUUUACUGCAUAAUAGAUACCUUUGUGCCUUAUAUUCAUGACUUUGCACUUUUAUGCCUUUUUAUAUAUUGCUGUGCAUAUGUUUUUUUUUAAUAAUAGUUAAAUGAUUUUAUGGUAUCUGUCAUUUGUUUUCCAGCAGUGUGCACUAUUUUGUAAUACAAUCUAUGACUGUAUUUCUAUGACUCUUUUGGGCAUUGGGUAAAUUGUAUGUAACUCUCACAUUGAAACCAAAUCUUUGUAAUGUGGCUUUUGUUAACUCUACCUGGAGGUCCGACUCGGAGGUCCAACUGAUUUAUCUCUGUUAGAUGAGCUCAACCAACUAAAAUGUAAUCAGGCCAGACUCAAAAAUUAAACACACAGGCAAAGGUGAGUAGUGGUUAGGACAGGCUGCAUCUGUUAUGGACCCUUCUAUGUGCUGGUAUCGAUAAUGUCCACUUUAGUCUAUUAAUGCUGCUUUUGCUGCCAGCAUGCACUCCUUUAAUAUUAGAGUGACAUUACUUUGAGCAAAAACUGCCACUUAAGAGCCUUAGCUAGAUCUGGUUUGUUUUUUGGAAUUAAUGAUUUGUCCUUAUUCUAAUUGUGUAAUUAUUCUGUGCAAAAAUUGCCCUUUCGACAGUGAGCAGAUCUACCCAAUUUUAAGUAACAGUUUUGGAUAUCAUAGUGCAUCCUUCAAUCUAUUUUGCCGUGACUUGAAUUCAGUUAUUAAUACUAUAUAGACAUUUCAUAAAUCAUGGUAACAGUCUAUUAUUCUCUGCUUCUUUGUCAAAAUUGCUUCUUUACAUUUUAAACGACUAGGCUUAGAACUUUCCAAAGCAAGCCAUGAUCUUCAUAGUCAAGUCAGCAAGAGCUGUAAGUCUGCUUUAUUUCUUUGACAUUUUUAAAUUUGUAGCUUCAAAGUUAACUUCUUUACUUGUAUCCUGGCCCGAAAAAAAAAGAACCAAACACAUUUGUAAGUAGAUUUGUUUCUUUGUAAAAUAAUGCAUGCAUAUCAAGGGUGCAGGGGUUCUCUACUAACAAGAAAAGUAAGCCUAAUUCCUGUCCACACUGGUGAGGAAACAGUCCCAUUUGAGGAAGAGGACACAAAAGUUUUUAAAAUGUUGACAUAACACUAUUUUUGAAGGCAUGAAAUGGGGCAUGUGUUUACUUUUCUUCAGGUGAGAACUCGAUGAUUAGUUUAAGUAUAAAUCAUACACUUCAGAAGCAUUGUUAAUACUCGCGUUUAAAACUCAUAAGUGAAUGUAAGUCCUCAUUAAGUUCUGCUUCAUGAGAAUGAAAAAUACCAGGCUAGUAUAAACACACAUAUAAAGAUGAUUUCCCAGUGUAAUGGGUAUGGCUGCUUCAGAAAUCCGGCAUCCAUUAUAUGGCACACAGACAGGGUUUAUGGUAAAUUAUUCACUGAAUUGUGUUAAUCACUUUUUAACUUGUUGCUUCAAGUUGUAAUUGUUCUCAUAAUCCCCUAAGUGAACACACAAAGGCAAAAAAAAAAAGUCCUUAAGACGACA